GUGCGAGAGACGAGCGGCGGGGAAGAGUUUGUUACUCCGCCCGAAAAAAAUGCGGUGGGAGGGAGCUGAAAUCCAAUGUUUGAGGGCAGCGGCGAGUUGGGACGCGUCUUUGGAGCGACGAGGUGGAGGAGAGGACUCUGUGGCUCCGUGUUCGCAUCCCUCUCGGUUCGGGCACACGGAGGCUUCUGGACCGGUCGUUCGCUCACUCGUCGACGGGGAACAGGCGCUUUUUUUUGUCCUUUCGUUCUCCCGGUGUGUUGAAACCCGGACGGGCUCCAUCCAAUGUGCGUAAAGGGGCUUCAUCUCCUCACCGUCCUGUCUGGACUUGCAGCGUCAGGUGUGCUGCAGGUCAGCGGGAUCACCAUAUACACGCAGAGCAGCGUGGAGGCCGUGAACGGGACGGACGUCCGCCUCAAGUGCACCUUCCACAGCAGCCAUCCCAUUAACCCCGAUGUGGUCACCAUCUCCUGGAGCUUCAGGCCCCUCAAGCCAGGCCAAGAAGUGUCGGUCUUCCACUACCAGCAGCGGCCGUAUCCGCCUCCGGACGGCAUCUUCCGCAAUCACAUCAAGUGGGCCGGCGACAUCAUGGGCCGCGACGCCUCCAUCACCCUCCUUCAGGUGAAGUUCGCCUUCAACGGCACCUACAUCUGUCAGGUCCGGAAUCCGCCGGACGUCCACGGCACGGUGGGCGAGAUCCGAUUCCGUGUCGUCACCACCGCCUCCUUCUCCGAGCUCCUCCUGCUGGCGCUGGGCAUCGUCGGCGGCGUCGCCGCUGUGGUCAUCCUCCUCGUCCUCUUCGUGUCCUGCAGACGGUGCAAGAGGAGGAGGCAGAGGGAGCUGGAGGAGAACGAAGAGGCUCCGCGCAAAGAGAUAAAAGGACCCAGCAGUGUGAUAACAACAUGGGAGAGCAGAGGACGACACUGACUUUGGCCAUCUGGGCUGUUUUCCCUACAGGACCUUCCACUUCCUGCUUCCUCUCCAAAAACAGUCCCUGGAUCCAAGAUCUGGUCCAGAUGAUGGGGGGCUGUCAGUGAGCAGAAACAAACUUAAGAUGUGCCUUUAGUGUAAGCAGCUAUAGAGAACACGAGCCAGGCGGCUUUGAUGACAUCACCAUGUGCCUUUCAUUUUAUCGGUCCAUCUCUUCCUGUUCAGCUAAAUGGCUCCAGCACAGAUUUCCUGUUUAGAGCAAAUGUUUUGACAGCAUAGAGGUCAAACAAUGGUUCAUACCUGGGGUUCAUUUUCCUACUGUUACACGCCAAGCCACAAUAUAUUACACAGAUACAGGCAAAGGGAACGAGGGGACGUUGUUGGAGACGUUUGUGAAACCUCUCGAGUCUUGCUUUUGUUCUGGGUUUUUUCCUAUCUGGUUCAUCGUUUCAUGCACCUGAACCUGCACUGAUGCUGGUGUACAGUACAUUUGAGUUUUGCUUUGCUACUUUCGAUGUAUUUGUUUUAAACCCUCGGGCUGAUGUUGUGAUUCUUGUAGUAGUCACAUAAUCCAAACUGGAUUGUAACACCUCCACUGGCUUGUUUUGUGAUGAUCCCCCUGGGCAUGUACAGCAGGACGGCUUUGACUCCCCUUUGGGUUGUCAGAUCUUUUCAAAGGUUGCCUUGGUUGGCUUCAAACAGAAUCAGUCAUUAAAAAUUAAAGAAAGAGGCAACUUUUCAACCAAUCACGUGCAGAUGAAUAAACAAAGAUUUGCAGCCUUCACUCACAUCUUGGAUCUGGGAUUCUUUAUCCCCUUGUGAGUGAUGCACAUGCAUGCACGUCAAUAACCUAUGUAUAUGUCGCGCCCUAAAGACCCUGGCUCCUCAGAGUCCCCGACUAAUGUCAGAUGAAGAUGAUGAUGAUGAUGAUGAUGAUGAUGAUGAUGAUGAUGAUGAUGAUGAUGAUGAUAAUGACUAGGGAGGAUGCGGAUGUGAGGCUAGCUAGGAGGCUCGCUGGUGGAUGGGCCAGAUAGCACUUAAUGCUUUUAGUUCUGUGGUUGGACAAAGAGGAGCUGCUCUCGCUGCUGUGUGGAAAAAAAACAAAAUGGGAAAAGAACCAAAGAACGAGAAAGAGGAUCAGUUUCAUGGUGACAUCAUAAAUCUUCCUUCAUUAGACUUCUAUUUUUUCUACGUUGUCAGCCGCAAACUUAGUCAAGCUUGAAUGUCCAUGGCAGCGUAAACCUUGACUGCAGACAGGGGUUCAUGUCAAAAACCUGUUUAUGUAUCUGUUGUCCUUGGAUCAUGUUGCAUUUUCAAGUCUUUAAAUGGCUCCCAGAGAGCUUCCCGGCCUUUUUUACUCUCCCAUCCUUUUUCUCAGACCUCACUCAGCUCCAGGGAAGUUUCUACUUGACCAUGUGUUGGUCAAGCCAACGGGCGCAGUCCAAAAACUGUCGGCAUAUGUUGGCACAGUCUGCAAUUGGUCAAAAUCACUAACAACGUGAAAAAUGGGAAAGAUUUAGCGGCACCUAGUGGCGGGACUGCAGACAGCAAACGUGAGUACACACUCCAAGCAGCUUUUGUAUCUGUGUUGAGUCAUGUUUUACAACUAGUGCUACUUCAGCUCAUGGGACUUUAGUAUUUAGAAAUACAGGCCAUAGAAAUAUGGCAGUAUGUGUGGAAGGAUGCCUGUAGACAAAUCUUAGUGUAAGCUAAAGAAAAAGCACGAGUCAGCAUUUUGACAUGUUUAUGUAUCACACUUGUGCUGAUAUAUCACUGAGGAUGGUGACCAGGACGAACGCCUUUGACCUCCAGACCAGUAGGUGGCGCUGUUCAUGGCUGAGCAGAGUGCACACGAUGGUGUGACACAGAACAAGCACCAGAUAUUUGUAAAGGUUCAGGUUUGCGUGCGCUCAGAAGCAGAAAGGUGCUGCAGAGCGGAGCGUUAACACGAAUCGGGAUCAGGAGGCGAGAUUAACAGGUUACAGUUUGCACAAGCACAGAGUAAACACCAGUGAUAAAACACAGCUCCCAGAAACAGCACAAGAGCCUAGAACCCAUUAUCAUCGCCUAACAGAGUGGCUAUGUACAAAUCUACUUCUAAAGUAUCAAGACUUCAGAGUCAGUGAAUGGAAAGUAAACUUGAAUGUUGACAAAAAACUAUUCCAUGUGGUUCUGUGGUAGAUUUAACCACUUUCCAAGCGAACAUGACGUGGAUCUUGUUUCUGUGGCCCAUGAGCACCGGAUACUUCUCCUCCUCCGCAUGCGGACUAUUGGUUCUUACAGUCCAUCGCGUCAAAUUACCGUGAGUAAAAGGCCACAAAUGUGCUGCCUCUGUCUGGUAAAGGCCAACGGCCUGAUCAGCGAGCGAGCAGCUCAUGCUCAGCUCACGCACCUGUUCUCCGCGUCCUGCGGGAGCACGCAGUCAGGCCUGAAAAGCGCGUGAUUGCGAAACGUCCUUGGCAGCCGGUGUCCUUGAAUGCAACACGCUCACUAACAAAUGACUGUUCCCAUCUGGUUUUUGUGACAGACUCUAAAUAACGCCCAAACAGUGGAUUUGAUCGUCUUCUAUCUUUUUUGAUGACACCACGUGUGUUUUUCCAUGUUUUGUAAAGAUGUUACUGUAUUUGUUUGUAAUACAGAUUUUAUACAUGUCUAAAAGCAUUUUCUAAUUAAAAAAUAUCUUAAAAUCUA